GAAGUGUAAACAUGGCGCUGUCCUGUAUUUCACUCAUGCGACUUCGGGCACUGAUCACGUUGAGGAGAAAAACUCUGGAAAUUAACAAAGACAUCGUGUUGAAUUGGGCUUUUAUUAGUCGCUAUAGAACUAAAGCUGGUGCCAUUCAUAAACAUCGGCAAUCUUUGCCAGAAACAGUUGACAGAGGUGGAUCUGAUCUUCUUCAAGAGUUUCCUCAACCAAAGAACCUUCUGCACGCAACACUGUCGAAAUCAUUAGGCCUGUCUGACCUCUCGCAGUACAUCCAAUACAGUUGCACCGAUGGGGAAGUCAAGAGAGCCACAGUCACUCUUCAUUGGCCAAUGAGAAUUGAGACCGAAGGGUUUGGGUCUCGCAAAAUUGAGGCAGAGCGUCAUGCUGCAGCUGAAGCUUGCUUUAAACUGAAGGAGCUGGGAAUCCUCGGUCAAGGAAAGCAGCCAAUUAUAGAUGGGAUGCCGAGACAGACAUCUGUGUGGGAAGAUCCUGAAGAGAAUGUGACUUCCCGUGACAGCCAUGAGUGGUCACCCAUCCAGAAGAGAACAUCAUCGAAGGCCUUAAUAGCUCAAAGACCAAUAGAAGAGGAGCCAAAAAUUCGGGAGGCACUUUCCAUGUUUCCAAAGCCAAAAUCACUUCUGUCCAGUGUCAUUCAAGUGGCCACGUCAUCCUGCAGGGUCAGAGAGCUGCUUCAGUACAGAACGCUAGGUGGCAAGGUAAAGACGUGCAAUUUGACCGUACACUGGCCUGAGGAGAUGACUUUCUCAGCCUCUGGCCAUCGUAGACUUGAGGCGGAGUCUAAGGCAGCAGCAUUGGCCUGUCUGAGAUUGAAGGAACUGCAUCUCCUGGAUGAGCGGAACAGUCCUCUCACUCAUGCCAGGUACCAUCAGAAGGAGGUACGUGAAGCUGGCGAGAGAGAGAGACGACCGUGCUAUGUGGACAUACCUGAGGAUCUGGAACAGAGGAUUCAAAAAUACCUUGCACAGUACCCAGCAGAGGCUGAAGUUCAGAGAUUGUGGGACGAGGAGGAGGAGUUUGCAGUUCAGCGCGAGUUUUCCUCCAUCAGUACGGAUGAUGAAGAUGAUGAUGACCUCAUCACAGAUGCUAUCACCAAUAAACCGUACCGGGCCCUGCGACCCGAGGAAGCAGAGGAUCUGAGCGACCGCCUCCUCAGUCUGUGGAUGAGGGCGGGGCCUGGUCAGGGGACGGAGCUGCCAGUGGACUCGUACAAAGAAAGCGUGCUGGCAGCAGUGGAAUCUUCACAAGUCGUUGUGAUUGCAGGAGAGACGGGCUGUGGUAAGACCACACGUAUCCCCCGUUUUUUGUUAGAGGGGCAGGUCAGGAGGGGAGAGGGGGCGAAAAGCAACGUCCUGGUCACACAGCCCCGCCGGAUAAGUGCUGUGUCUGUCGCACACCGCGUAGCACAGGAGAUGGGCCCUGCGCUUCGCCACUGCGUGGGAUACCAGGUGCGUCUUGAAUCACGUCCACCAGAGUGCAGCGGUGGAGCUCUGCUCUUCCUCACUGUUGGGGUCCUCCUCCGUAAACUGCAGUCAAACCCUACUCUCCGGGGCAUCAGUCAUGUAGUCGUUGAUGAGGUUCACGAGAGAGACGUUAACACGGAUCUGCUUCUGGCCUUGAUGCGUUCAGCCUUGAAAGAGAAUCAGGACCUUCGAGUGGUUCUCAUGAGCGCGACUGGCGACACACAGCGACUGUCGCGGUAUUUCGGUGGAUGCCCUGUGGUACGUGUGCCUGGGUUCAUGCAUCCGGUGCAGGAGAGGUACCUGGAGGAGGUGAUGGCAGAGAUGGGUCAACGGUUACCAGCGAUGAGCCGAGAAAAGAGAACUGGACAGGAAGAAAACGACGCUUCUCCUGAUCUCGAUCUGGUAACUGAUGUGAUAAACCAUAUUCACACCUGUGGAGAGCCAGGUGCUGUGUUGUGUUUCCUACCGGGAUGGCAAGAGAUUAAAGCUGUACAUCAGAAAUUGGAAGAAAAAGCAGAUUACAGAUCAGGCUCGCUGAUGAUUUUGCCUCUGCACUCCAGCAUGGCUGUCGCAGACCAGCAAGCCGUGUUCCAUCGACCUCCAUACGGCCAGCGCAAAAUUGUCCUGGCAACCAACAUCGCUGAGACUUCUGUCACUAUCGAUGAUAUAGUGCAUGUGGUGGAUGUGGGCUCACAGAAAGAACAGAACUAUGACCCCAAAACCAAGGUCUCCGGUUUGAACACGGUCUGGAUCUCGCGCGCGAAUGUUACGCAGCGAAGAGGAAGGGCAGGGAGGUGCCAACCUGGAAAUGCCUACCACCUCUUCCCACGAAAACACCUGGACACCUUGACCAUGUUCCCCAUCCCCGAAAUCCUACGCACCCCUCUGGAGAGCGUUGUGAUUCAGGCCAAAAUUCACUGUCCAGAAAUCAAAGCUGUGGACUUCCUGUCACAGGUCCUUGACUGUCCGGACCAACAGGCAGUGAAAGUUGCUAUAAAGACCUUGAUGGAUUUUGGUAUACUGGAUAGUUUGGAAAACCUGACUCCGCUGGGAGAGCGGGUGGCCUGCAUGUCAUGUGACCCGCAAUUGGGAAAAGUUUUGGUUCUCUCAGCUCUGUUCUCUUGUGUUCUCCCCAUGUUGACUGUGGCAGCCUGCCUGACUCGAGAUCCCUUCUAUAACAGCAUGCAGAACCGGGCCCUCGUCUCCAGGGCCAAGAAAGAGUUAAGUGGUUCCAGCUGCAGUGAUUAUCUGGUCUUCAGUCGUGUUGUUCAAAGCUGGAAAGACCAGCAAAACAGAGAAGGCAAACAGGAGUAUUUAGACAAAUAUACACUGUCUGGAGCCAGUCUGCGAUUUAUACAGGGCCUGAUGCAUCAGUUCAGUGAGAAUCUGGCUGAAGCUGGACUGGUGGAUCAUACUGCUGAAUGCAUGCGUCUGUCUUCGCGUCUCAACCAGCACAGUCACCAGGAACAACUCCUUAAAGCAGUGCUCUUCGCAGGCUUUUAUCCUCAUCUCAUACAGGUGAAAAGAGGCACAGUGACCAAAGGGGGAAGAUUUCGUCCAGAAAAUCUUUCCUUUCGCACACAAAGUGGCCCUGUGCUACUACACCGCUCCUCUGUCAACAGGGGAGAGAAGCAGCUCUCGAGUCGCUGGCUUACGUUCUUCUCAGCCGUGAAGUCCAACGAUCAGGUCUUCAUUAGAGACUCUUCUGUGGUUCACCCACUAGCUUUGCUGCUUCUCACAGACUGUGACCUCAGUGAGAAAGUUGUGGGAGAUCACGUAGAGGUGGCAUUAUCGGGUCACGCACUCAUUCGCUGGCAGCUUUCUCCUCACACUUGGGAGUUGCUGUGGGAUCUACGCACUUCCCUACAGGCCAUGAUCCAGCGGAAUCUUCGACCCUCUGAACUUAAAUCAAACUCAACAGAAAACAACUGGAAAGACAGUCAGCUUCUAUCUCUAUUAGUGGAUCUUCUAAAUAACACAGAUCUAGAUGCUACAAUAGAUGAUGAUGUGAGUGACGCUGCUGGACCAUUUCUACAGUGAGAACUGUGUCGGCAUGUGCAGAAACACAAACAUGAAACCUGAAAAUCAUUUAGGUCAGGCUUGAGUUUUUUAUUCUAAACCUGACCAAAGCGCAUGUUGACAUGUGACAUGCUGUACAUUUAUUGAAACAUACAUUUUCACAUUGUAGUCAUACUAUUAUGCAUAAGAGGAGUGUGUGAGUGAGCAUAUGGGGUGUAAAUGUACAGUUUUUAAAUAUAAAAUGGUAUAAUAAGUUAAAAUUAUAUAUUAAAUGAUGUAAUUAAACUACUCUAAAGACCAACUUAACUUAAAGAAAAAGUUCACCCAAUAAGAAAAAGUCUGUCAUCAUUUGCUCACCCUCUUGUCAUAUCAAAACUGUAUGACUUACUUUCUUCUGCAGAACACAAAAGAUAUUUUGAAGAAACAAAACCAAUGCGAGUAAAUAGGUGCUGUACACAAUUUUUCUAAAUAUUUUCUUUCAUACAGCUUUGACAUGACAAGAGGGUGAGCAAAUGAUGACAGAAUUUUCAUUUUUGAGUAUACUUUCACUUCAAGACCAGAAUUGUUCCUGAGUGUGUAUUACAGAGGCUAUAAAGUGUUCAGUGCACGUAAGUGAUCUGUGAGGUCUGCGGUUUCAUUUGUUACCAUUCAAACUGAAAUAAAACGCUGAACCAAGAAAUGUUUUGUACUUGUGCAAAAGUCUUAUACA